CGAACUACAAUGUCCGGCGUCCCUUGCGAUCGACCCGUGCUCCUUCGCGCGUGCUUUGUCGCGUCGGCGGGAAAAGGUGCAAAAAUGGCGGAAGACGGGAAUAUCAGGAAAAGACUCAGGAGUUUCAAUACCCCAAACACAGCACAACCAGAUCAGGUUGUAUCCUCAUCUAAAAGGAAACGUACCAGACAUCAGAAGGAUGUGGAAUCUGAAUGUACAAAGCCAAAAGUAUCCCCACAAAGGAGGAGCCUUCGUAUCCAGGGCAGUGGCAGGCUAAGCGGUGAUUUGUGUACAGAUGGCAGCUUCCUAUCCCAAAAACAUGAUGUGAAUCCAAGCCCUCAAACUAUCAAGGAACCCCUCAGCAGCUCAACAGAAGAACCCAAGAGCAGUCAAGUGCGAUCCCCCAAAAGACAACACAAAAAAAGCCCCCAGCCGCGAUCAAAAUCAUGGCGACGCUCCAGCUUCAAGGGUGGUAAAGGACGGAAAUCACUGCCUCCAAUUCAGCGGGAUGUUACAGAAAUCUGUGAAGAUAUCAGCAUGGAUUUGCCUGGGGAAGAGAGGCUGGCAGAGCUGUUUCGUACUUGUCUGGAGUAUACUCUACAGAAGUUACAGCACCCAUUGGAGCGACAAGAAGGUUUCAAUCUACAAGCCUUUAAGUCAGAUGCCUGUGGAAUUUCCAAUGAUAUUAAACGAGUCAUAGAGGCAAUGAAACUGGACGGGACACUGAGAAAAUGCACUGAGGAACCAGAAGACGUUCCUCCUACACCAGAAACAGAGACAUUGAUGAAGCAGCUGAAGAAUGACAUCUCUAGGUUAAAUGCUGAGUGUGAAUCUUGGAACCAGCUGCUGGAAACCUAUCAACAAGAGGCAGAGCAAGCAACCAAUGAAUUGGAACAAGGGAAAGUGACUGGAGCGAGGUUAGAGCCAAUCCCCGAGAUGGAGAAUUCGCAGAUGGAUGUGAUUGGAAGUAAACCAGAUUAUCAGCACAUUCUGGAUCAAGACGUUCUUACGUUUCAGAGCAUGGAAUGCACGGUAGACCAGCUGCAGCAAACCAUGGACCUUAUUACAACAGCCAAACGGAAAUGGGAUUCUUCCCUUCAGUUCAUAUCCAAAGAACUGGCGUCCCAAGCUUUUGAAGGGCUGGAAGAACUUCCACUUCAGAAAUUUCUAAUGACCAAGAAGAAGUAAUGGAGGACAAUGAUGUAUCCAUCAACAGACUGAGUAGAACCCAUCCCAGAGCCCAAGACUCAAGCACAUUGUUGGGUUCUUUAACAUUUGCUCAGGGUUUUACCUGAGAUUAAUGCUUUCUGCUGACGUUAAAGGGACUGGCACUCUUUCCCCCAGAUAUUCCUCUGGUUAGGGCUGAGGCAAGGAAUGCAGUCUGUCUGGACUCUCGAUGGAGGGCACUAAAGUCAGUGCAGAGCAAGGAAGCAAUGGUGUGGGCCUAGAUCACUGACUGCGAGUGGAUAACACUGGGUGGUCUGACUGGGCUGGUGAAGAACAGUCAUUGUACAAUGUGCCUGGGAACCAACAACUUCAGAGCAGAGGCAGAUCCAAGAAAGGGUUGAUGCUGGUACAAUGUAAAACUGUCCCUUUUUAAUAUGGUACCAUUGUUUUUUAUUCGGCUUCCUGUAUAAUGCGGCAUUAGAUGCUGUUUUAGUCAGAAAUAUGAGUGGUGUGAACUUGCUGCAACCUAGGCUACUACAUUACAAACUCAAUGGGGGAUGUCAGGGCUCGUUACUGCAAGCACUGUCAAUCCAAUGGCUACUUGCGUCUCUCCUCAGUGGCCAGCAUUGUAUGUACGCUAAGUGCCAGGGAACUAUGAAUGAAUUGGGCAUCUCCAUACUUACCGAUGAGGAGUUGCCUGAAAGCAAUCCCUGGCUGACGGAUUCAGGUAUUGAGAGGUUUGUGUGUGUGUGUGUGUUUAGCAUCAUUUAAAGCUAAUAGCACAUCAACAGGAAGAGUUGAUCUUUAUUGCCAGAGUGCACCCAUCUUGUUCUAAUUAUAAUUGUGUCCUGGUGACACAUUAGGAAUACUGGAUAGAUCAGGUCUCUCUGCCCAAGAAAGGAUAUUCUUGUGAUUGAGGGAAUGCCGAUUGGACCUUUAUUCGCUGGAGUUCAGAAGAGCGAACAUUUUGAAAAGUACAAAAUUCUUACCAGCUGAUAAAGCAACAUGUUCAAGACAAGAGCUAAAGGUGAUGGGUCAGAGCGGGAGGCCCCAGUGGGGAGUGUGCUGUUCUGUUUAAAUUCUGCCUUGCUCCCUUCACCCUUGCCAGGACUGUCCAGUCCACUCUUUUAACUCAGCGGAGAGAUGCACUUUGAAUCACCCAUUCCUUCUCUCCAGGGUUGCUGCCUGCCCCGCUGAGUCACUCCAGCAUUUAGUGUCUACCUUCAAUUUAAACCAGCAUCGGCAGGUCCUACACCACUCUUUAUUUAAUACUAAUGCAAGAGUAUUUUUAGUUCUUAUAUAAGAUAUCGCAUUCAGAUUUAUAUCAACUCUGAUUUGUGGCAAAAGAAACAUUUUAUUCUGUUUCAUGUUAACCAUACAAAUAAAAACGCAAUACACCUCUUCCUUAA